AUGAGUUGUCUCCAUUUAACUCUACCAGACUACCACAUUCGAUCGGGCUCUGCUCUCCUGCCAGGGGAUCGGAUCCCCACCCCGCGCCAUGUCUUCCCGGCCGCCGACGCAUCCGUCCCGCCGGAGUCCACGGCGAUUCCCCGCCGCCUACUCUCUCCUCCUCACCCUCGCUCUCCUCUUCGCGUCCGCCACCGCCAAAUCCUCUCGGCGCCCCAUCUCCGACAACGAGAUCCGGCAGAAGAAGGAGGCCUGCUACACCGACGUCGAGAACGGGCUGUGGGGGUGGGUGUGCAGGUCCUCGGACGGAGAAGGAGAAUGCGUGCUGCGCUGCCUCCCGGAGUGCUACGACUCAUCUACGGCGGGACCGGUGAGUGGUGGCGUGCGUAGUGCGUUCCCGCGGCUGCUGUUUGCAGGAGGUGCUUUUCUCGCUGAUUUUUGCCUGGGUUUGUUGUGUAGCUUGAAGAAGGGGAGCUGGAUUAUGUCCGCAGCCAGGAGUACAAGUACUGCAUGCACAAAUCAUCCCUUGGAGAAAGCUUGGAUGGCGUAAAGGGGUCCUUCAGCUAUUCAUGAAGGAAACAAGAAUAAAAGGGCUGAUGAGAGGGCUGCUUCUCAGGCUCUCAUAUGUCCAAGCUGCACUUCUCAGUUCUCCUCUAUACGGUGGUGACCAUGGGCAUGAAGCCAUGAAGGGUAGGUAGGUGUUCAGGAUUACAGCCAUAUCCAGCUAUCAACGUCUCCAAGCAUGGGCAAUCGACUAGUUCACCGAUGAAAUCCAAAUCGAUUAAAUGUGAAAAAAUUUCUAAACCCUCCAAGCAUGGGUGUUGUGCAUCCUGAUGAGAAUAGAAACCUCUUGUCCAACAAUUUCUCCAGCUACAUGCUUUGGGUUUUCUUUUUCCUAGUACUAUUGAUUGCUGAGGUUCUGCUUGCUGAGGGGCAGUUUGAACUUUGGAGGUCACGCUGAGGAUCAGGGAGUCUUCAUCUUCCCCAACAAGAAUGUUAAUUUUCUCUAAAA